AUGUUUCGCUGCAGUCCUGCCAGUCGGCGGCUCCUCGCUGCCCCCCGUCCGCGUGUUGCCCCCCGCAAGCCCAGUCUGGGGAGAGACCAGCUCUACUCAACCAACACCGGUGACGACGGGCCUGGAUUUACCCGCAGCACGCGAUAUAUUGCCCUUGCCGUCGCUGGAGGGGCCCUAGUCUGGUAUACCUCGAGAAAGCGACGGGUCACCGUGGCUGAGCGUCACCGAGAUCGUACCCGCCGCGACAAUGAGCUGCCCGAGAUCUCCGGCGCUGAUGUAGAUGGCCCCGUUGAGUCGCCCGUCAAGGUGGCGGACUGGGCGGAAAUAUCGAGCAUGAUUCGCAAGCAAGCCACGUCGUUCAAGUUUGAGGGCCACAACGGAUCGCAGGGACGCAUUGAUGCGGUGCGGUUUGAGAGCAACUCCCCCACCGAGGACCAGUGGGCUGUUGGCGUCGGAGCAGGCGUCGGAGGAGCCAAAACUGUCUUUGCCGGUGUUUAUGACGGCCAUGCCGGCUGGGCUUGCUCCGAGGUUCUCCGCCAGAAGCUCAUCCCCUACGUCUCAGCCAUGCUGGCCCCUCUCGCGUCCAAUGUGGCGGGAGAUGCCGUUGAUGCGGCCAUUAAGAAGGCUUUUGUUCGUCUCGAUGACCAAAUCAUGACUGCUGGCAGAAACUCCGUCACUGAUGACACUGCUCCCAUCACCGCGGAGGCCAUGUCCGCCCUCGCCCCCGCCAUUGCCGGCUCAUGCGCGCUCAUGACCAUUUACGACACGCAGACGUCCACUCUUCGCACCGCCGUCACCGGUGACUCUCGUGCCGUCAUUGGAACCUGGUCUGCGUCGAAAAAGGCCUACUCCGCCGAGGCGCUCAGCAAGGACCAAACCGGCUUCAACGAGGACGAAGUAAAACGCCUUGAUGAAGCACACCCCGGCGAAAAGGACGAAAUCCUCGACCCCAAGUCCGGCCGUCUCAUGGGCCUGGCCGUGACGCGCGCCUUUGGCGACCACCGCUGGAAGUACCCGCAGGAGCUGGUCAAGCUCAUCGAGCACCGCUUCGCCGGCUUCGGCCCGCGCAAGCCCAACGUGACGCCGCCGUACCUCACGGCCAGCCCCGAGGUCACGACGCGCCAAGUCCAGGGCGAAGACUUUGUCAUCUUGGCUUCAGAUGGCCUGUGGGACGUCAUUUCCAAUGACGACGCCGUCGCGUGCGUAUCGCAGUGGCUCAAGGAAAAGAAAAGAGCUGCCGGCGGCAAGCAAAACGUCACUGCCAAGGCCAACUGGAGCUACGACGAGGACGGCUGGGCGAGCUACAAGGCGACGCCCGAGUACUUUGCCAUGGAAGACAUGGACAAUGCUGCGGUGUGCCUGCUGAAGAAUGCGCUGGGCGGCACGCGGAGAAGUAUCGUGCAGGGCCUGGCGACGACGACGACGCCGCUCAACCGGAACGUGCGCGACGACAUUACCAUUCAGGUCAUGUUCUUCAAGGACCCCUAUCGCAAGUAG